UGAAAGAAAACAGGACCAGCUGCAGCCCAUAGCCCUGGAUGUUCACCUCCUUCCUUGAACCUAAAGUCAUCAUGGAGAAAUCCCUGACAGAAUUAAAUAAAGCUGGCUCUCGCUCAACAUCAUCGCUGCCACCUGAACCAGUGGACAUCGUUCGCAGCAAGUCAUGUUUCCGUAGAGUCAGGCUCAAUGUUGGGGGUCUCCCACAUGAAGUCUUGUGGCGAACGUUAGAUAGGCUACCACGAACACGCUUGGGAAAGUUAAGAGAUUGCAACACCCAUGAAUCUCUGAUGGAAGUGUGCGAUGACUACAACCUUGAGGAGAACGAGUACUUUUUUGAUCGACAUCCAGGGGCGUUCACGUCGAUUCUGAACUUCUACCGCACGGGUAAGCUGCACAUGAUGGAAGAAAUGUGUGCCCUGUCGUUUAGUCAAGAACUCGACUACUGGGGCAUCGAUGAGAUCUAUCUGGAGUCAUGUUGCCAGGCAAGGUACCACCAGAAAAAGGAGCAAAUGAAUGAGGAGCUCAAAAGGGAGGCUGACAAUUUGAAAGACAGAGAGGGGGAUGAAUUUGACAACACUUGCUGUACUGAAAAACGAAAGAAGCUGUGGGACCUCCUGGAAAAGCCCAGCUCAUCUGUUGCAGCAAAGAUCCUGGCCAUCAUCUCUAUCCUCUUCAUCGUGUUAUCCACUAUUGCCUUGUCUCUGAACACCCUCCCAGAGCUGCAGGACACAGAUGAGUUUGGUCAGUCUUCAGACAACCCACAACUGGCCCAUGUGGAAGCUGUAUGUAUUGCCUGGUUUACUAUGGAGUACCUGCUGCGCUUCCUCUCCUCUCCCAACAAAUGGAAAUUCUUCAAGGGUCCACUGAAUGUCAUUGACCUAUUGGCCAUCCUGCCCUACUAUGUCACCAUCUUCCUGACAGAAUCCAACAAGAGUGUGCUGCAAUUCCAGAAUGUCCGUCGAGUGGUUCAGAUUUUUCGGAUUAUGCGAAUUCUGCGUAUUCUAAAGCUGGCUCGUCACUCUACAGGUCUUCAGUCUCUAGGCUUCACUCUUAGGAGGAGUUACAAUGAACUGGGCCUGCUUAUCCUUUUUCUGGCCAUGGGUAUCAUGAUCUUCUCCAGCUUGGUGUUCUUUGCUGAGAAGGAUGAAGAGGACACCAAGUUUAAAAGCAUUCCAGCUUCCUUCUGGUGGGCUACUAUUACUAUGACCACAGUAGGCUAUGGAGAUAUUUACCCAAAAACUCUAUUGGGAAAGAUAGUGGGGGGUUUAUGUUGCAUAGCUGGAGUACUGGUGAUUGCCCUACCUAUUCCCAUUAUUGUAAAUAACUUCUCUGAAUUCUACAAGGAGCAGAAGAGGCAGGAAAAAGCACUUAAACGAAGGGAGGCCCUGGAAAGAGCAAAGAGAAAUGGUAGUAUUGUCUCCAUGAACUUGAAAGAGGCAUUUGCUCGUAGUGCAGAACUAAUGGAUGUAGUGGUAGAGAAGAGCGAGAGGCCUCAUGACAACCACCUCUCUCCAAGCCGCUGGAAAUGGACCCCAAAGAGGGCUGCAUCAGAGACAAGCUCAAACCGUUCCUUCAACACCCGGGAGUUAGGCUCUCCCAACAAGGCCCGAGCCACCAGUCCCCAGAGGCUAAACGUUCAAAAGCUAGAGGAGAUGUACAACCAGAUGGCUAAGACACAAUCCCAGCCAAACCUCAAUGCUAAAGACAGGGGCUCCAGAGUUGGCAAACAGAGGGAUGAGAUAGAGCUGGGGGCCAUUCCAGAUCAUGGGCAACCUGUACUAGGAACCAGAGAAGGAGUGGGGGACAUGAAAAGCUUGUCCAGCAUUGACAGUUACAUUAGUUGUGCUACAGAUUUCCAGGAGAAUCCACGUUUCCCCCAUAGUCCAGCGAUAGACCUGGGUCUUCAGGAAAGCAACCGGUUCUCCCACAGUCCAGCAACAGCUUUGUCCAAGCACGGCAAUGCAAAAACAAGCCAGCAAACAACUGGAGAGCAUGAGCCCAUGUUGACUCCAGUGUCUGUCACAAAGCCCUCAUACUCAGAGAAUGCUCGGAAAUUCUUCUUUUCUGGCAACUCCUCAAAAAGUCUUAUCCCCAAAGGAGGCUACCGCAGCGAGAGGGAGUCAGGCCCGUCCCCUCUCUCAGACAGCUCAGUCCUGUCGGAUCACUCUCUGUUAAGCCCUGAAGCUUCUGUCUACACCACUGCCAGCAGCAGAACCCCACCAAAGUCCCCAGAAAGCACUGCCCUGGCCCCAACAGUCUUCACCUUCCACGACUCCUCCAUCAGCAAAUACAUCGACGCCGAUACAGAUGAUGAUGAGCACCUCCGUGACAUCUCUGAUGCGAGUCCUUCAGAGCGCCUUUUGGCUGGUUCAAGCCCAAAACGCAGCAUCAACAUCAAUUACCAGAAAGGCACCAACCAUUUAGAAGCAGCCCAAAAAAUGCUGGGCCAGAACUGUCUGUUCCCCAUUGAGGGGAUUCGUGGGGUAUCUCAUGAGAAUCACAUAGGACCUGAGUUGGCACGUAGACCAAAGCUUGACAGAGGGCGUCAAAACACUUUAGAUAAAAGCCUCUGAGUUACAAGUGAGGAAGACAUAAACAGGAA